AUGGCUACAUCACUUCAAACACCGCGACAAAGGAGACCAACCAAAAUUCGAUCACUUCGAGCCUGCUUGGUCCGAUGUGAUGCUCUGAGCAAAGGCAUUCCCUGUACCAAUUGCACUGCAUUUAAUAUCAAGUGUCAAGUUCCAGGUAUAGGGGAGCACCGAGUGAGGAUUCUCGCCAGCCGUGGAAAAGGAGAGCACACUAUAGCACAGAGAGAUUCCCCAAGUGAUUGCCUCAGUACGCCUGCCUCAAGUACUGAGGCAUAUCAAAUAACCUCUCAACAAGACGGAGUUGUGUCACUAACCAAAUUCAAUGUUCUGCCUAUCACAUCGGCAGGCCAUGUUGUUUAUAUUGGCGAAUCUGCGGGCUUUAACCUCCUCCUUCAUGGAAGUCAAAGACCCAUAGUGCAUUUCCCUAUGCCUCGGGAUACACUCGUGCUGUCAAUACCUCCUGGACUGGACCCUCUCGAAAUACGGAUCUUAAAACGAAGAAGGGCCUUUGUACUACCUCCGAAAAGGCUUUGCGACGACUUGAUAGAGACUUACUUUGCUUGGGUUCACCCGAUUGUACCCGUCAUUAACCGCACAAAAUUCAUGUCACAAUAUCGAGAUUCUAAAAAUCCCCCCUCGAUGCUCCUCACUCAGUGUAUCUUACUGGCCGGCGCCCGAAUCAGCACAAACUCACAAUUAAUGGUUGAUGGAUCAGCUUCAACUGCUGUUGCAACGUUUUAUCGACGGGCAAAAGCCCUUUAUGAUGCCAACUAUGAGCGCGACCGAAUUACCUUGGUGCAAUCAAUGCUCUUAAUGGGCUGGUACUGGGCUGGCCCUGAUGACAUAUCCAAGAACAUGUUUUAUUGGAGCCAAUCCGCAAUCGCUGUUGCUCAAAAUUUCGGUCUACAUCGCAGCAUGGAAAAAUCGAGAUUGUCAAUAAGUGAAAAGAGACUGCGUAAGCGCAUUUGGUGGACGCUAUUUACUCGAGAUCGCGCUUUAGCUGUUGGCCUGGGACAAUCGGUAUCCAUUAACCUCGACGAUUGCGAUGUCGAUAUGAUAGCCGAUGAUGACUUCAUCGAGCAUGAUGGGGAUGAUAUCGACGAAUACCCGCCAGAUCCUAUUCACGUAGGAUUUUUCAUUCACCCUAUCCAAAUGGAAGCGGGAGUGCCCCGUUACCAUGCGCUGGGAGCGAUCAAAGCACCAUUUUUGGUCUGGGAUACUAUACUUGCACUACUUCAGCGCUCGUUGUCUGCUACAUCGGGCAAGUUCCCCUCGUAA